GGCUUCACUCUAGCUCAGAUCAUUCUUCUCGUACCUCAUCCAGGUGAAAACCGGCUAGAGAUGUAUCAAGACCCUCGAGACAUGGCAGUUUUAAAAAUUAGGGUUCCAAUCUCAGUGACAAGUUUCAUUGUUGAUAUUUAUACCUUCAUCGUACCAAUUGCAGGAGUCUCGGGGCUGAAGUUAAGUCGAAAGAGGAAGAUUGGAGUUCUCAUGGUUUUUUAUUACGGGACUAUGGUAUGCUUCUAAGGCCUCCUUCAAUGAUUUAUUUAUUUAUUUAUCUAUUCAAGCUAUGUAUACGCCGAGAUAUUUGAAGGAGAAACUGACUUCAAUUGGCGCUUGUAUAGCAUCAUCCCUGAGUAUCUACUACAAAACGCGCCUUACUACUAUUGAUUCAGCUUGGGGCUCUAUUCCUGUUAUCAUUUGCGCGUAAGUAUAUACUUCGUUUUGCCUGGUCCAUUUAUAGCCAGCACUUUCUUACUCCUUAAUCAGCCUGGUAUAAAUGUGCAUGGGGAUAAUUUGCUCCUGCAUGCCCUCACUCGCCAAGUUUACCUCCCACUACUUUCCUAACUUUUCAAUUGUCGAGUCCGUUCUAUCACUGAAGUUAUUCGCGCGACUUACUACACAUUCGAAAAGCAAUAUCAGAUCCUUUUCGAUUGUGAAUGCAAGAAAAAGAUUGGGUAGCGAGUCUGACGAGAAUUUGAGGAAGAAGGCAAGUGCAAACGGUAGGGAAAGAGAAGUUGAAAUGGGCGAGGACACCUUGUUUGAAAUAGAAAUGGGAGAUCUCGGAAGGGGACAAAAUCAAGUCAAGAUCAUUUCUGGAAAUAUGAAUGGUCGUACUGAUGUAAAGUUAGCAGUAUGUAGUAAGCCAGUUCAAGUGGUCCAAUUCAGUUUGGGGCCUUGUGAGACUGGCUGGGUUGAUUCCCCACUGAUAAUGCUCUCGGUUCGAUGCUUUCUUGCCUUAAAGAAGGGCAAUCUUAAAGAUUCGACCGGGCUUUUCUCCGACUUUAAAUCACAAAUGCACAAACAAGUAUUUUCGCCCAAAAUUCUAGCAGGUCCCACCCCUGACUUUGAGUGGUCUUCAACUUCUUCUGGGCAAGGGAAAAUCAUACUAUAAGUUGACGUACUAAUGAUGAUGAUUGGUAUAUAGUUUUGUGACUGAUUUAGAGCUGUUUUAAUAGAUAUCCCUUAUAAAAUUAGAAAAGAACAAGUUAGGUCAACCACCCUACUUUCUGGCCACCCCUGUUUUGAGCCAUCCUUUUACAUCAAAAGUGGCUUUUUUGACCUAUUAAUAUCUCUAUCAAAAUAUAAUAUAAUUUAGUAAGAUUUUAUA